GCCCGCUGAUGAAAUAAUAUCGAGACACAAUAUUACAUCUUUACAUGUCAUGUUAGGAUGUCACAAUCAUUGCAAAGACGAAAACAAAUGUGUUGGAUUCAACUACAGAACGACAAAAAAUGUUGAAAAUUGCCAACUGACAAACGUUACUAAAGAAAGAGAAAAAGUAAAAGCAGGAGAUUGGGUAUUGAUGCUAGAUAUUGAAGCGACAAAGAACGAGAAACGAAACAGAGAAAAUUUCAACGGAAGUGCGGACACUUGUCUCCCUGGUUAUGCAAUGGUCGGAAAGAAUUGUACAGACAUUGACGAAUGUUUGCAUGUAUCAGCCAAAGUAUGUCACUCAAAAGCAAGUUGUAACAAUACGAAUGGUUCAUACAACUGCACGUGUCUCACUGGAUAUUCAGGAAAUGGAAAGAACUGCACAGACAUUGACGAAUGUGCAAAUGUAUCUGCCAAAGUAUGUCACACAGAUGCGAGUUGUAACAAUACGAAUGGUUCAUACAACUGCACGUGUUUCUUUGGAUAUUCAGGAGAUGGAAAAAAUUGCACAGACGUUGACGACUGUUCCCUGGGAACUCACAAAUGUCACUCAAAUGCAACCUGCAAAAACACUAUUGGCUCCUACGAAUGUCACUGUCGCAGAGGAUUUGCUGGAAAUGGGACAACAUGUUCAGGCAAGAUUAAUUAUUUUACAUUAUAUUAA